AUGGGUUCCAUUUCGCCUCCUGUUUCGCCUUACCGCCUGGAUGGCAAGGUUGCGCUCGUCACCGGUUCCGGUCGUGGUAUUGGCGCAGCUAUAGCUCUUCAGCUGGCACGGUCUGGUGCUAAGGUCGUCAUCAACUACGCAAAGUCAGCAGAGUCGGCCAACAAGGUGGUGCAGGAAAUUAAGAGUCUCGGAUCUGAUGCCAUUGCCAUUCAAGCCGACGUGAGCAAAGUGUCCCAGACGGUUCGCCUAUUUGAAGAGGCUGCUGCGCACUUUGGCAAACUGAACAUUGUCUGCUCGAACUCGGGCGUAGUUUCAUUCGGCCAUCUUGACGAGGAGGAGUUUGACCGAGUCUUCAAUAUCAACACGCGAGGCCAGUUUUUCGUUGCACAGCAGGCCUACAAGCAUGUUUCUGAAGGCGGACGUAUCAUCCUCAUGAGCUCCAACACGGCGGUCUCCUUCUCGGUGCCCCGGCAUGCGGUGUACUCGGCGUCCAAAGCCGCUAUCAACGCCGCCGUGCGUGUUCUUUCUAAGGACUGUGGCAAGAAGAAGAUCACGAUCAACGCCAUCGCUCCCGGCGGGACUGUAACGAACAUGUUCCACGAGACGGCCAAGGAUUACCUGCCGAACGCGGAGAACCUUACUAAGGAAGAAAUCUUGAACAUUGUUGCUAAUGUGUCACCACUCAAACGCUGCGGUUAUCCAGACGACAUUGCAAAGGUCGUCGGGUUUCUUGCUUCUGAAGAGUCAGAAUGGGUCAACGGCAAGGUUAUCGAGAUCGAUGGCGGCGCGGCUUGA